ACAAGACAAGAUUCUCCGCUCCAGCUACAAUAACCCAGCCAUCUACCCACCUCCCCUCCCUGUCUCCCUCUCACCCUGAUUCUUUUCAAAAACGCUCGUCGCUGGACUUCACCCACAUCCCCAGUUUACAGCCUGUAAUCUACCCUAUACUUAUCAACCAUUAACCACCUCCAAAGAUAAAGACAAGGACCACCAAUCCUCCGCUCCAAUAUAAGCCCCACCAACCGUACCUUACCCUACCGCAAACACAAAAAAAUGCCCCGUCUAGACGGCAAAGUCGCCAUCGUAACCGGAGGAAGUUCCGGCUUCGGCGCGGCGAUCGUGCGCCGCUUCCACCAAGAAGGCGCCCGGGUGAUCAUCGCGGACAUCAACGCCGCGGCCGGGGCGGAGCUGGCAGCCACGGCGCCGACGGCGCUGCAUUUCGAGCGGGUCGACGUGACGGUCGCGGCGGACUGGGCGCGGGUGGUGGCGAUGGCAGUCGAAAAGUUCGGGCGCGUGGAUGUCUUGGUCAAUAAUGCGGGGACGACGUAUCGGAAUAAGCCAACGGUCGAGGUCACCGAGGCGGAGUGGGAGCGAGUGUUCACUGUCAAUGUGAAGAGUAUCUUUCUCGGGAGCCAGGUGUUUGUGAAGCGGCUGCUGGAGCAAGGGGGCGGGGGGUCGAUGAUCAAUAUCUCGUCGACCGGGGCGACGAGGCCGCGGCCCGGGUUGGUGUGGUAUAAUGCAUCCAAGGGGGCGGUUUCGAACGCAACCAAAGGUCUCGCGGCCGAGUAUGGUCCGCACAAUAUCCGGGUCAACACCGUCUCGCCGUUGCUGUCGGGGACCGGGUUGUUCUCCUUGUUCACCGGCAUGGACGAUACGCCCGAGAACCGGGAGAAGUUCAUCGGGAAUGUGCCCUUGGGACGGCUGACGGAGGUGGAUGACGUCGCCAACAUGUGCGUGUAUCUCGCGAGUGACGAGGGGAGCUUCGUCAAUGGGGCGGAGAUGAUAAUCGACGGAGGCAAGUGUAUCUGA